AUGGCCGCUUACAAAAUUUUGUUUGGAUUGCCAUUCUUAAUUGUGAUUUUCAUAUGUAAAUGGAGGAAAAGACAUUCAUCAAUGUAUGAAAAUAUUGAAAAUUACCUUGAACAAAAUCACUUAACACCUAUCAGAUACUCAUACAAGGAAAUUAAGAAGAUGACGGGAAGUUUCAAAGAGAAGUUAGGUGAAGGAGGAUUUGGCUCUGUGUUUAAGGCAAAGUUACGGAGCGGACCUUCUGUGGCAAUCAAAAUGUUAGGUAAAGCCAAAGGAAAUGGACAAGAUUUUAUCAAUGAAGUUGCAACUAUCGGAAGAAUACAUCAACAAAAUGUGGUACAAUUAAUUGGAUUUUGUGUUAGUGGCUCAAAGCGAGCUCUUGUUUAUGAAUUCAUGCCCAAUGGAUCUCUUGAUAAAUUUAUAUUUUCAGGAAAUGAAAAUACAGAUUUUAGCUAUGAAAAAAUAUAUAAGAUAUCGAUUGGAGUAGCUCGUGGAAUUGCUUAUCUCCAUCAUGGAUGUGAGAUGCAAAUUUUGCAUUUUGAUAUCAAACCCCAUAAAAUAUUAUUGGAUGAAAACUUCAUCCCAAAGGUUUCUGACUUUGGAUUAGCAAAGUUAUAUCCAAUAGAUAAUAGCUUAGUCACAAUGACAAAAGCAAGAGGAACCAUUGGAUAUAUGGCUCCAGAAUUGUUUUACAAUAAUAUUGGAGGAAUAUCCAACAAAGCUGAUGUUUAUAGUUUCGGAAUGUUGUUGAUGGAGAUGGCAAGAAAGAGGAAAAAUCUAAAUCCCAAUGCAGAACACUCAAGUCAACUUUACUUUCCCCUUUGGAUAUAUGAUCAUAUUAGAGAAGAGGAAGAUAUAGAUAUAAAGGAUUUAAGCGAAGAGGAAAAGCUAAUAGUAAAGAAAAUGAUCAUAAUUGCACUUUGGUGUAUACAGUUAAAACCAAAGGAUCGUCCCUCAAUGAACAGAGUUGUAGAAAUGCUUGAAGAAGACAUUGAAGAUUUGGAAAUACCUCCAAAACCUACUUUAUAUCCUAAUGAAAUGAUUUUAGAGGAUCAAACAACAAGUUCUAUCUAAACAAUUUUGAAAGAAUUCAUCUAGUAGUGAUUGAAUAAAGGAAAUUGCAGGUUGCGGGAUUGCGG